GAGAUUCUUCCAUUGGACAAAAGCAUAUGUCUUAUGUGAAAGGGAGACUUUUUUAGUCAAAAACCCAAAUAUCAUUUCUUUUUACAAACAGCCUACAUCUCUCAACUCCGUUUAUGUCCCCACCGGAUCUUCCUCCUAUCUCUAUCACUGCCACCAUUACUGUACAUACCAGUUACCUCACCAUUAAACCCAGUGGACAGUCCGCAGUAGUCAUUGCUUUUCCCGAAUAAAAUCAAUACCCCACAACACAGGGAGCAGUCCUUCUUCAACAGAUCCCCAUCUCACUUCGCUUUCAAAUUCUUCUCCAUGAAUCAUUACUCAAGAAAUCACAUUCCUGCCUUCGGUAGUUGGGAUUUCAACGACGAUUUUCAAUUCACACAAUGCUUCGAAUCCGCCAGACAAGCCGGUUUGAUCCGUUGUAGCUACUCCGGAGAUCGCGAUCUCUACGUAGCCGGUGAUUUAUACGAGAAUAACAUCGUCACUCCCGCCAUUAUUGUCGCUCCUCGCAGGAGAGUAACUAGGUACCCAAAGGAAGCGAAAAAUGCGUACGACAGUGAUAAGAAGGAACCACCGAGCCCUGUGAGUGUAGCAACACCGACCGGAGCAUGGAGCAGGCGAGUGAAACCGAAGGCUGUGGAUGAGGACUUGUACAAGAUCUCGCCGGAGCUCCUCCGUCUGAAGCCCAGAAGGAAGAGGUGGGGAUUGUUUUCUACGUGCAUGUCUUGCAUAAUAAGAAUUCCAUCGAAUGAAACUACAAAAUUUCAUCAAGUAGACGAACUUAUUGGUGGAAUUUCAUUUAUCGGCCCAAAAAUUGUGUUGGUAUGGGCUUCUCAAUUAGUAUUUCCUGCUCAUUGGCCCACAUUCUACAAAACCCAGAUUCAUACAUGGUGGGAAGAAACGGCGUCGAGUGAUACCUCGCAUCCAGUCCUCCAGUCUUCCAGUUCAUUCCUUAUUCCGGCAUACAAAGUUGCAAUGAGCACAGAGGAGUUGUCCAAGAAAAAUUCCCGCCCUGAGUUAGUGAAGUUGAAUUCAGCUUUUAAACUGGCCGAAAAAUGGGUUAGUAACAUGACUAGAACUACAGACAAAAAAUCAACUCGAGUUGUCUUAGAGGCUCGACCUCCCGGGCUUGGAAUUGGUGCUGUGGUUCCCCGCCAACAGAAAGUUGGAUUGUCAAAUGAUCCUGUUGAAAGAAAAUUACAUUCACAAUUAGACGCACAAAAGCGGAAAUUUGCAAAAAUGGCUGAGGAAUCUCAACCUGCAAAUAAAGAUGAUGAGAGUAGUGAUGAAGAUGAUGAACCUCAAAGCAGAACUCAAGCAUUUGUUAAAAAGAAAAUGACGAUUUUGCCCUCGUCAAGUCAAAAAAAACUAGUAAAUAAAAUAGUAGAAAUGGUAUUAGGCAAUGAAUACUAUUUUGUUUGGGAGGAGAAUGUACAAUGCAUGACUAAAGCUGGAAUCAAAGCGAUAAGGUGCAGUCAGAGUCGUUCAAAGAAAAAAGUGUAG